GUCACAUCAUCAAUGUGUGUUGCUCAGUAUCGCAUGUUUCUCUGCUGAUAUUUAUUAAUCUAAUAAUUUUAUAUUUGCGUGAGUGAUCAUCAUCGUCAUGGAUAUUGUGCUGGACUACUGUGACCACUACUUCCUCUCUCCGUACGUGUACCCAUCGUCGUGGCAACCGGACGAUCCGUACCGUCAGAUACUGAGCCUGCUGGUGAUAGCGAACCUGGGCGGGUAUGCUCUGUACCUGAUACUGGCCACGCUGAGCUUCUACCUGGUGUUUGACCACCGCCUCAUGAAACAUCCACUCAUUCUAAAGGACCAGAUUAAACUGGAGAUAAAAUGUGCGUGUGAAGCGAUUCCUGUGAUGAGCGUUCCUACGGUAGCGGUGUUCUUCGCGGAGGUCAGAGGUUACAGCAAGCUCUACAACAGUGCAUCCGACAAUAAAUUUGGUUGGUUUGGCAUCGUAGGCAGCGUGGUCUCCUUCAUCUUCUUCACCGACAUGUGCAUCUACUGGAUCCACCGCUUCCUGCACCUGAAGGGCGUGUACAAGUUCCUGCACAAGCUGCAUCACAAGUGGAAGGUGCCCACCCCGUUCGCCAGCCACGCCUUCCACCCGAUCGAUGGCUUCCUGCAGAGCCUGCCCUACCACGUGUACCCGUUCCUCUUCCCUUUACACAAGGUCACCUACCUUGCCCUCUUCGUCUUCGUCAACUUCUGGACCGUGUCCAUCCACGACGGGGACUACCGCGUCCCGCUGCUGCUCAAACCGUUCAUCAACGGCUGCGCGCACCACACGGAUCACCACCUCUUCUACAACUACAACUAUGGACAGUUCUUUACACUGUGGGAUCACCUCGGCAGCAGUUUCCGCUACCCGAGUGCGUUCGAUGGAUGUGGUCCGCUUGAAGAGGUGGUGAAGCAUCGGAAGAAGCAGCAGGAGCAGGAGCAGCAGCAGCAGCAGAAGCAGACGGGAGAAGAAGUUACCACGGAAACUGUUAAGAAAGAAAACUGAUUGAUGUUGUUUUUUUGUUGGUUUUUUUGUGGCUACUGUUACCACCAACACCAUUUGCUUUUGUGCUUACAGACACAGAAACAUGUUAAGAAGAAACAAACUGAUUGUUGUUUUUUGUGGCUACUAUUAUCACCAUCACAUACUUUUCAUGCUUACAGACACAGAAACUUGUUAAGAAGAAAAAAACUGAUUGUUGUUUUUUGUGGCUACUAUUAUCACCAAAGUCACAUACUUUUUACGCUUACAGACACAGAAAUUGUUGAGAAGGAAAACAUUUGGGGGUUUUUGUGGCUACUAUUAUAACCAGAGUCACAUACUUUUUAUGCUUACAGACACAGAAAUUGUUAAGAACAAAAAACUGAUUGUUGUUUCUUGUGGCUACUAUUAUAACCAGAUUCACAUACUUUUUAGGCUUACAGACACAGAAACUUGUUAAGAAUAAAAAAAACUGAUUGUUGUUUUUUGUGGCGACUAUUAUCACCAUCGCAUACUUUUCAUGCUUACAGACACAGAAACUUGUUAAGAAGAAAAAAACUGAUUGUUGUUUUUUGUGGCUACUAUUAUCACCAUCACAUACUUACAGACACAGAAACUGUUCAGAAGGAAAACUGAUGUGUUGUUUUAUUGUUUUUAUUGUCGUCUACUAUUACCCAACCCUAUUUAGUUUCUUUGUGUCACUGUUACGGUGAAAAAUUGAUCGUUUGUUGUUAAUGUUACAGAGACUUCAGACAUCAUGUUAAAAAUUAAUGACAGAACUUAUUUAUUGCUCCUUUAACUCCAUGUAGAUUACAGUAGAGCCAUUUAAGAUACUAUUAUAUUUGCAAUGUGCACUGAGCUUCGAUGUUUAAGACUUUUGUAAUACUAUUGUUGAUAUUUUAAACUUAUAUACAUGUAUGUACCAGGACUUCUAGAUUAUGGUAGUCCCACUCCCAUGGCUAGUGAUAUUCCCUGUUGGGCUAGUAAAUAACUACCACUGCCAUGCCCGAUGGCUAGUGAAAAAAAAAGUUGUCCAGUGCUGCAUUUAAGUAUAUUUUGUAAAUAUGAAUAUUCUGUCCCCCACCCCUAUCUUAGUGUUUUUAAGCUCUGCCUCCCUCUUUAGGCAACAUUAUUACUGUUAACUAAAUUGUAUUAACUUAAAGUAAAGUAAGGCUAGUUAAUUUUUAAUCAUGGCUAGUAAAUAUUCAAAAUCACUGAUCCCAUGGCUAGUGGAUUUUAUAAAAAUUCUAGAAGCCCUUUGUGUACAGAGACUGAACAUCUUGGUGAAGAACAAAUGUGAGAACUUAUUAAUUGCUCCCUUAAAAUGGUUACAAGGGAACCAUUUAACAUACUACUAUAUUUGCAGUGUGUACUGAGCAAUGAUAUUUAAUCGUUUGUUAAAACUGUUGUUGUUAUAAAGUUAUUGUUCACCUGUAUAUUUACAGAUAGUUAGAACAUAAUUGUGAAGAGAAAAUGAGAGGACUUUAGUAAUUGCUGCCUUAACUAGAUUAUGAGGAAACCGUUUAAGAUACUAUCAUCUUUGCAGUGUGUACUGAGCAAUUAUAGUUAAUCAUUUGUUAAAGGGACAUACUCUAGUUUCAACCCGUGAAAAUUAACACUAAGUUUAGUUAAUCUACAAACCUGAAACACAUUUGGAUAAAGUUAUACGUGAAUGGAAC